AUGAACGAACGUGGAAUUUUGCUUAAUUAUGUAGCCAAAAAGUACACAAAAGAACAUGAAUGGAUUCAUGUUGAAAAGGACUUAGGAACUGUUGGUAUCACGCAUUAUGCGCAAAAUUCGCUUGGUGAUGUCGUUUAUGUUGAAGUACCUGAAAUUGGUACCGUUGUUGAACAGUCUGGAAAUUGUGGCGCUGUAGAAAGUGUUAAAGCGGCCAGCGAUAUUUACGCUCCCGUAAGUGGAGAAAUUGUUGAAGUUAAUAAAAAAUUAGAAAAGUCUCCUGGAUUAAUAAACGAAAGUCCUGAAGCUGAUG